AAAAAAGGGGAUAUUGUUUGUUGCUAUUGAUCAUAACAAGCCCCUUUCGGAUCAAGGCCCUUUUGACAUAGUGCUGCAUAAGCUGUCUGGAAAAGAGUGGCGCCAGAUUCUUGAGAGUGCUUCUCUUUCCUUCGUCAUGAAUUAUGACUGUAGUUGAGGUCGAGGCCUCAAGCCAGCAAGUGAUGAUGUUUCUACUUCCAUGGCCAUCUAGCUGAGUUUUUCAGGUUUUCUAAGCAAUUUUCUUGUGGAAGAUUCGUGAUUCUCUUCAAUGGGUUCAUGUUUUCAGGGUAUAACUUACCCUCACUGUCAGCUGAAUGGGAGUUAGCGAACUUGAUGUGAUGUGAGUGAAUUUAGAUUUGGUACACCUGCUUUUGAGUGUCUAGGGCGCUAUAAGUUCUAGGAUAAGGUGUGCAAAACACCCUUCUUCAAAAUCCUCUUUCAGACGCUGGUUGUGAUGGCUGGUCCAACAUUUGGGUGCAUUUAGAUUGCUGGCCAUCGAUUAUACACUGGACUAUAGGCAAACACACCCAGAAGUCACCGUUCUUGAUCCUCCUGAUGCCAUACAACGUUUACACAAUCGUCAAUCCAUGCUCCAGGCUGUUGCCGAUUUGAACUUGUCUGAUUCUUAUGGCAAAGUUGGGGUUCCCAAACAGUUGGUUGUUAAAAAAGAUGCAUCAUCCAUCCCUGAUGCUGUUACAAAUUUUGGGCUGAAACUACCCAUUGUUGCGAAGCCACUGGUCAAUGAUGGAAGUAAAAAGUCACAUGAAUUAUCACUUGCUUACGAUCGGUACUCUCUCCAAAAGCUUGACCCUCCUCUUGUUCUUCAGGAGUUUGUAAACCAUGGAGGUGUUCUUUUUAAAGUCUAUAUAGUUGGUGAAGCUAUAAAAGUUGUCAGGCGUUUCUCUUUACCGGAUGUUACCAAACGAGAGCUCUCCAAAACGGCUGGAGUAUAUCGUUUUCCAAGGGUUUCUUGUGCUGCAGCAUCAGCAGAAGAUGCAGAUCUGGACCCAUGCAUUGCUGAACUUCCUCCGCGACCAUUACUUGAGAAACUUGCCAAGGAACUUCGCCGUCGACUGGGUCUGCGAUUGUUCAACUUGGAUAUGAUCCGAGAGCAUGGGACCAGUGAUCGGUUUUAUGUCAUUGACAUUAACUACUUCCCAGGGUAUGGAAAAAUGCCGGAAUAUGAGCACAUAUUCACGGACUUCCUCUUAAGCCUGGUGAAGGGGAAGCACAAAAAGAGAUCUGGCUGAAAACUUUUCCAUCGACUCUGCUUCAAGGUGACAGUCUUAACGCAGAUAGCAGAGCACCUCAAUAAGAUUCUGCAGGGCAAGGUUCCGUCCCACGUACAGUGACUGGUGUGGAUCCCUGCCGAUGGCUGAUGGAGGAUGGUUGUCCGUACAUUCAAGCUGCUAACGGGAGAUGUUCAGCCUGGAAUAAUGCUUCAUGUACAGAGUUCUCAUAAAUCUAACGGCUCUGUUUGUUGGUCGUUUUCUUCCUACUCGCUUGCGAUGUUGGCAGGUAACGUAAGCAGCUGCUGAUUACACAAUCACAUAAUUUGUCGGGCUUUUUAUGUAGGACGGGCAUAUGUCCCUGCGAUGUAUCAGUUUAAUUUCGGAUUUAAUCUGCAUUUUCAUUUUUGAAGCUAAUAGAGAUCGAAAAGAUGCAAAUCUAGUAUCUUUUCGUUGCUUUAACUGA